CUCACAAGGAUGGGCCUGUUUAUUCACUCCGGGCAUCGCUGGUAGAGCGCUAGUGUAAACAGCCCCGGGAAGUGGGCGCCCUGUGUUCUCGCGGGGAGCAGGGACGCCGGGGCCAGGUUGGGCUUGACCGCAUUCAGAGACAGCUUUCGGACCCCGCGCCCCACCAGGAUUUUCGAUGCGGGCCGGAGCCGCGAGAAGCGCCAUUGUGAUGCCGGUGGGAGGGGUGGAGCCACCAAGUCCUGUCUCAAUUUAGACUUCUCACUCCGCUUUUAGGCGCGCCCAUUUCAGACUGCUAAACUCCGGAGUCAGGGGAAAAAAAAGCGGGGAGGAGGUGGAAAGCCACACCCCGCGGCGCCCGCGAAUUUCCCCAGGAGCUGACGGUGGCCCAGGCAGACGCGGCCGAGAUGCGGGGCGGGGAGCUCCCGGCCGCCGCCCUCCUCGUGUGCGUGUGGACCGCCGUGCUGGCCGCGGCCCCCCGGCCUAGGUUUCUGGUGACAGCCCCAGGGAUCGUCAGGCCUGGAGGAAAUGUGACUAUUGGGGUAGAGCUUCUAGAACACAGCCCUUCCCAGGUCACUGUGAAGGCCGAGUUGGUCAAGAUGGCAGCCAACCUCACUGUCUCUGUCCUGGAAGCAGAAGGAGUCUUUGAAAAAGGCUCUUUCAAGACACUUAUUCUUCCAUCACUACCUCUGAACAGUGCAGAUGGGAUUUAUGAGCUGCAUGUAACUGGACGGGCCCAGGAUGAGAUUUUAUUCUCUAAUAGUACGCGCUUAUCAUUUGAGACCAAGAGAAUGACUGUCUUCAUUCAAACAGACAAGUCUCUAUACAAGCCAAAGCAGGAAGUGAAGUUUCGUAUUGUUACACUCUUAUCAGAUUUUAAACCUUAUAAAACUUCUUUAAACAUUCUAAUUAAGGACCCCAAGUCAAAUUUGAUCCAACAGUGGUUGUCAGAACAAAGUGAUCUUGGCGUUGUUUCCAAAACUUUUCAAUUGUCAUCCCAUCCAAUACUUGGUGACUGGUCCAUUCAAGUUCAAGUGAAUGACCAGACAUAUUAUCAAUCAUUUCAGGUUUCAGAAUAUGUAUUGCCCAAAUUUGAAGUUACUUUGCAGACACCAUUAUAUUGUUCUUUGAAUUCUAGGAGCUUAAAUGGUACUGUCAUAGCAAAGUAUACAUAUGGGAAGCCAGUGAAAGGAGAUGUAACACUUACAUUUUUACCUUUAUCCUUUUGGGGCAUGAAGAAAAAUAUUACAAAAAAUUUUAAGAUAAAUGGAUCUGCAAACUUCUCUUUUAAUGAUGAAGAGAUGAAAAAAGUAAUGGAUUUUUCAGAAGGGCUUUCUGAACACAUGUAUCUGUCUUCCCCUGGGCCGGUAGAAAUUUUAGCCACAGUGACAGAAUCACUUACAGGUAUCUCAAGAAAUGCAAGCUCUAAUGUAUUUUUCAAGCAACAUGAUUACAUCAUUGAAUUUUUUGAUUAUGCUACUGUCUUGAAACCAUCUCUCAACUUCACAGCCACUGUAAAGGUAACCCGUGCUGAUGGCAAUCGACUGACUUUUGAAGAAAGAAGAAAUAAUGUAGUUAUAACAGUGACACAGAAAAAUUCUUCUGAGUACUGGAGCAGAUGGGACAGUAGAAACCAGGAAACAGAAGCUGUCCAGAUCAUAAAUUCUACCCUCCCCCAAAAUGGAAUCUUUAAGAUUGAAUUCCCAAUCCUGGAUGAUUCCAGUGAGCUACAGUUGAAGGCCUCUUUUCUUAAUAGUGUGAGUAGCAUGGCAGUUCAUGGUAUGUUUAAGUCUCCCAGUAAGACAUACAUCCAGCUAAAGACAAGAGAUGAAAAUAUAAAGGUGGGAUCACCUUUUGAGUUGGUGGUUAGUGGCAACAAGCAAUUGAAGGAGUUAAGCUAUAUGGUAGUAUCCAGGGGACAGUUGGUGGCUGUAGGCAAGCAAAAUUCAACAACCUUCUCUUUAACACCAGAAAAUUCUUGGGCUCCAAAAGCCUGUAUUAUUGUGUAUUAUAUUGAAGAUGAUGGGGAAAUUAUAAAUGAUGUUCUCAAAAUUCCUGUUCAGCUUGUUUUUAAAAAUAAGAUAAAGCUGUUUUGGAGUAAAGCUCAUGCUGAACCAUCUGAGAAAGUCUCUCUUAGGAUCUCUGUGACACAGCCAGACUCGACAGUUGGGAUUGUAGCCGUUGACAAAAGCGUGAAUCUGAUGAAUGUCUCAAAUGAUAUUACGAUGGAAAAUGUGGUCCAUGAGUUGGAACUUUAUAACACAGGAUAUUAUUUAGGCAUGUUCAUGAAUUCUUUUGCAGUUUUUCAGGAAUGUGGCCUCUGGGUAUUGACAGAUGCAAACCUUUUGAAGGAUUACAUUGAUGGUGUUUAUGACAGUGUAGAAUUUGCUGAGAGAUUUGCGGAGGAAACAGAAGGAUACUUGGUACAUUUUCAUGACUUCUCUUCGGUUAGCAACCCACGUAUCAGAAAGCAUUUUCCAGAGACUUGGAUUUGGCUAGACACCAACAUGGGUUCUAGGAUUUACCAAGAAUUUGAAGUUACUGUGCCUGAUUCUAUCACUUCUUGGGUAGCCACUGCUUUCGUGAUCUCUGAAGACUUAGGUCUUGGACUAACAAGUACUCCAAUGGAGCUACAAGCCUUCCAACCAUUUUUCAUUUUUUUGAAUCUUCCCUACUCUGUUAUCAGAGGUGAAGAAUUUGCUUUGGAAGUAACCAUAUUCAAUUAUUUGAAAGAUGCCACUGAGGUUAAAGUAAUCAUUGAGAAAAGUGACAAAUUUGAUAUUCUAAUGGCUUCAAAUGAAAUAAAUGCCACAGGACACCAGCAGACCAUUCUGGUCCCCAGUGAGGAUGGGGCAACUGUUCUUUUCCCGGUCAAGCCCACACAUCUGGGGGAAAUUCCUAUCCCAGUCACAGCCAUUUCACCUGCUGCUUCUGAUGCUGUCACCCAGAGGAUUUUAGUAAAGGCUGAAGGAAUAGAAAAAUCGUAUUCACAAUCCAUCUUGCUAGACUUGACUGACAACAAGUUACAAACUCCCCUGAAAACUUUGAGUUUCUCAUUUCCUCCCAACACAGUGAGUGGUAGUGAACGAGUUCAGAUCACUGCAAUUGGAGAUAUCCUUGGUUCUUCCAUCAAUGGCUUAGCCUCAUUGAUUCGGAUGCCUUAUGGCUGUGGUGAACAGAACAUGAUAAAUUUUGCUCCCAAUAUUUAUGUUUUGGAUUACCUGACUAAAAAGAGACAACUGACAGAAAACUUAAAAGAAAAAGCCCUUUCAUUUAUGAGGCAAGGUUAUCAGAGAGAACUUCUCUAUCAGAGGGAAGAUGGCUCUUUCAGUGCUUUUGGGAAUGAUGACCCUUCUGGGAGCACUUGGCUGUCAGCUUUUGUUCUAAGAUGUUUCCUUGAAGCUGAUCCUUACAUAGAUAUUGAUCAGAAUGUGUUACACAGAACAUAUACGUGGCUCAAAGGACGUCAGAAAUCCAAUGGUGAAUUUUGGGAGCCAGGAAGAGUGAUCCAUAGUGAGCUUCAAGGUGGCAAUAAAAGUCCAGUAACGCUUACAGCUUAUAUUGUGACUUCUCUCCUGAGAUAUAAAAAGUAUCAGCCUAAUAUAGAUGUGCAAGAGUCUAUCAACUUUUUGGAGUCUGAAUUUAAUAGAGGAAUUUCAGACAAUUAUACUCUAGCUCUUAUAACUUAUGCGCUGUCAUCCGUGGGGAGCCCUAAAGCCAAGGAAGCUUUGAAUAUGCUGACUUGGAGAGCAGAACAAGAAGGAGGCAUGCAAUUCUGGGUGUCAUCAGAGUCUAAACUUUCUGAAUCCUGGCAGCCACGUUCCCUGGAUAUUGAAGUUGCGGCUUACGCACUGCUCUCACACUUCCUGCAAUAUCAGGUGUCUGAGGGAAUCCCGAUUAUGAGGUGGCUCAGCAGGCAAAGAAAUAGCUUGGGAGGUUUUGCGUCUACCCAGGACACCAUUGUAGCCUUGAAGGCCCUAUCUGAAUUUGCAGCUCUAAUGAACACAGACAGGACAAACAUCCAAGUGACUGUGAUGGGGACCAGUUCACCAAGUCCUGUAAAGUUUCGGAUUGACACACAGAAUCGCUUUCUCCUCCAGAUGGCAGAGCUUGCUGUGGUACAGCCAACUGCAGUUAAUAUUUCCGCAAGUGGUUUUGGAUUUGCUAUUUGUCAGUUUAAUGUGAUUUAUAAUGUGAAAGAUUUGGGUUCCCCAAGAAGACGAAGAUCUAUUCAAGACCAAGAAGCUUUUGAUUUAGAUGUUGCUGUAAAAGACAAUAAAGAUGAUACCAAUCAUUUGAAUUUGAAUGUGUGCACAAGGUUUUUGGGCCCGGCUAGAAGCGGCAUGGCCCUUAUGGAAGUGAACCUCCUCAGUGGUUUCACCUUGCCUUCCGAUGCAAUUCCUCUGAGCGAGACUGUGAGGAAAGUAGAACAUGAUCAUGGAAAAGUCAACUUAUAUUUAGAUUCUGUAAACGAAACCCAGAUUUGUGUGGAUAUUCCUGCUGUGAGAAACUUUAAAGUUUCCAAUACACAAGAUGCUUUGGUGUCCAUCAUGGAUUACUAUGAACCAAGGAGACAAGCGGUGAGGAGUUACAACUCGGAAGUGAAGCUGUCCUCUUGCGACCUCUGUGGGGACGUCCGCGGAUGUGGGCCUUGCGAGAGAGGAGCUACAGCUUCCCUUUACCCCGCUCCAGUCACGCUGGGGCUCGGUGUCACACUGCUGUUCCCUUUGCAGGGCUGGCUGUGAUUCCUUUUUUCAGGACUCCAUGUAACAUCGACAUUUCCAGAAGUCACACGUCUUGUUUUCAUGCUCAAGUAUCACUUCUGUUUUUGAAAAAUGAUUUUUUUUCUCUUUAUGGGGUUGUGGGGGAUGGUGCACAAACAGGUCCUAGGACGUACAGGUGCACAGAUGUCUUCACCUGACUUCUGUGUAGAACAGAAAAUCAGAGUUCUGCAGUCGUGCGUCUUUAUUCUCCCCCUCUUAAAAAUCGUUCAGGAGUGUUUCAUGAAGGCGUUGUUUUCCCCAGAAUAAAUGUGUUAUUUUAGAUUAUUCUUUUUAUUUUCCAGAAGAAAUGAACCUAGGUUCUUAAGCAUUACUAUACACCAGUGUUGGCUUUAGCAUUAAAGACAGAUGUUUGGGAACUGGGAGAAAGCAACCAGAAGGAGGAGCUUGCUCUGUUCCCUUCCCCCAUCCACCCACCCCUGCCCUCUGCCCCGCCUCACCCCCAGUGGUCUCAGUAUAUCCUUCUUAAUUGGAUAGCACUUCUUCCUUUUUAGUCGGGGUGAUUUUUUUUUUUUUAAAGUGAAGUGGUGUUUUUUUUUUUUUCACUCCAAUUAUAAUCUCAUCCCCCAACCUUUACCCUUCCUGUUUUUCUUCUGGAGAGAAGGAGAGAGGGAAUGUGUCAUUCAGAGCUUGAGGAGUGUACAGAAAACUGCCCUAAGGAGGAGUCCUGGGUGCACUGCCCUCCCUCUCACUUCCUCAGCCCCACACAUUGGCUCUGGUUCAGGGAUGCGAGUCAGAGGGCAUGGCAGUAUGUGCCUUGGGUGAUUUAGACUAGAAGAUCCUAGGCCAGAAGAUGCAGCUUUGUUGGUAACGGGGGACGAUUAACCAGGGCACAACAAGAUCCUGUCGAAGACCGGACGUGGCAGGCUGACCUCCCUGUGGUCUGGCAAAGAAGCUGGGGCUUGACAGGGACCGAGAGAGGUAAACCUGACUGCUGACCUCAAGUAUGGUAGGGGGUUGCCCGGGGUCCUGUAGAAGCUUUCCUAGACUCAGGUGUCUGAGUACAGAGAGCCAGCUGUCUGGUGACAUCUAAUGCUUGUGUGAAUCUUUAAGAUAUCUGAACUUUGAGCACCUGGAUAAAUGGUUACCCUGUAUUCUGAAGGGUAAUAUUCAUUUAUCUGGGUGAAAUUUUUAAGAAAAUUUUAAAGAAAAAUUCCUUUCCUUCCACCUCCCUCCUUUUCCUCCUUUCUCUCUUCUUUUUUCUUUCUUUCUUUCUUUCUUUCUUUCUUUCUUUCUUUCUUUCUUUCUUUCUUUCUUUCUUUCUUUCUUUCUUUCUUUCUUUCUUUCUUUCUUUCUUUCUUUCUUUCUUUCUUUCUUUCUUUCUUUCUUUCUUUCUUUCUUUCUUCCCUUCCUUCUUCCUUUCUUUCUUUCUUUCUUUCUUUCUUCCCUUCCUUCUUCCUUUCUUCUUUUCCUUCUAAAUACAUUGAAAUAUUUUAGAUAUAUCAAAAAUAAACUAAAGAUCUCUUACUAAAUCUAGAAAUGGUUUAAUUUUUGCUCCUUAAUUCCAUUACACUUCUCUCAAGUGAACAUGGAAAAAAUAAUUCCCAUGAGCUCCAAAAAGUCUGCAUUACAGUAUUUAAACUGUUUAAAAAAAUAAAUCCAUCAAAAAUAAGGGAUGCAAAUAAUAUCUUUUAAAGUUAAAUUUUAAAACUUUUUUUUUCUUAUCUUAGUGAAUUUUAAGAAAUUAUAGUGGAGUGGGUGUUCAUAUAUUGCUUUUGGAUAUUUUGAAUACCAAGGGAGGAGUUACCAACAUUCGGUGUUAUAAAGCUUGAAACCUAGAUGUAGAAAAUAGAUCCUCAGAGAGUGGUAUGGAGAGGGAGAAGUUAAAUAUCAAAUAAAUAAUCUUUUUUAUUUACUUUUAAGCGGGUAUAAGUUUGUAGUUCUGUUAUACCUUUGAAACAGUCUGAUCGAAAAAUAGCAUUUGUUACGUUUGGGCCUUCAGGUAUGGUAUUUUCGGCCUUUAUAUCCUAGGACUUCUUUCUAGGAAAAUAUUUUCUGAUGAAGUUGGGGGAGGGUGUUGACAAAGGGUGUCCUCCUCGCCUGCCUUGCCCAGGGAACCUUAUACCGACCAUUGGUACCUUAUAUUCUUCAGUAAAUAACUUAUAUACUGAACUGCUAGUGGAGUAUAUUGGGAAACACUAGAAUGGAAAGGUCAGUGGAAGAUAGCUUGUAUCUUUCUUAGGCCAUAUUUCCUCAUUUAAAAACUAGAACUCUAAUACUUUUUUGUGAAGUACUUUAGGUUUUCAGAUUAACAAGUCAUCUUGUAACUCUUCUUGUAAUGCAUCUCUUUUUAUUAUACAUUUCUUAAAAGUGGAGAAGAAGGAGGUGGAGGAGGAGGAGAAAGUCAGUCGGCUAUGCUUCAUGGGGCAUGGGCUGUGGGGAUGCCUUGUCUUCAUCCUCCUGCAUAUCCUUCAUAUCUUUCUUGGAGAACUGGCUUUGUUACCAGCAGUGGGGUUGCAUUAAAAGUGAUUAAAAAGCCACAGGCAGAAGGGAAAAGGAAGACAUGUAGUAGUAAUAAUAGUAGAGACUAUUUUCUUUUCUGCAUAUGCUAUGAAUAAUAGUAUUAAAAAACCUCAUUUUACCUUUAAGUUUGCUCAUGCUGAGAUUCUUCCAUUAGAAUGCCAUCCAUUUCAUUUCCUGAGAUAAACUAAUUUGAAAUCUACCCUUUUCUUUCACCGAGUGGGAACCUUAUUAAGACACCAGCGUCUACCACUUGCAGUUUUGACUGGCCAGUGGUUCCAGAGACUGAAUCACUAGUAGCCAAACAAUUCAAAGACAGAACAACACUUUUAUAUUUGGUUUCCCCGCCUACUACAUUCAGUUAGAAUUCUAAAAAAGAUAUGAAGGCAACUAACGAUUUGUUUGCUGUAUCUAUGAGUUCAGAAAAAAACAUGCCCGGUGAACGAAAUGCUUUUUUUUUAAUUGUAUUACUCUAUUGUACUUUAUGUUUUUCAAAACACUGUAACAGUAGUAUCUUUGGUUUAGUAUUUUGGGUAUAGUAUAAUCUGAGGAGUGUUGUGCUAAUAUGAAAUCCAGAUAUACAUCUAUUACUUAACAACUUGUUACUUUAAAUAUGCAAUAUCAUAUUCUACACAUGGGGAUUUUCAGAAUUGUAGAUAGCAUAGUUCUCCCUGCUCCCAUCCUUUUGAGCCUGGGUAUAGUUAUUUUUUUAAAAACUUAUUAUUUAGCCCUAAUUUCUCUUUAUGUAAAAUAUAGUUAUAAAUAGUCUGGCAAUAUAAUACCAAUAUCUUUGAUAUAAUUCAAUUAUUUAAUUCAACAUUUCUGGCUGUCCGAUGACAUUUAAAGAAAAUUAGAGCUAUCAUUUUUCUUUGUCAUUUUUAGAACAAGGUAGUUUAUUAACCUGCUGGCCUAUCAUCUGGAGUUUUUUGUAACAGCCUUACUCUUUGUUCAUUUGCUCUAUUGAAGUUUAGUACUGAUUUCUGUAGAAAUACGUUGUACAUACCUACUUGACAAGGUUUCUUAAGGUGAAGACAGUACUUAUUCGAGUUUGCCGAGUGGCAAACCAUGGGUCCAGAUGCCAUUAUAGAUUCUUGGGGGCAUCAUUUUCUUGCACAGUAGAAGUCUGAGACACUUAUAGUAAGUGAACUUGCUCUUGGGUUAACUUCAGAACCUAUUCUACUCUUGGUAGAGGCUUCUGUUAGACAGAAGAGUAUAUUCCUUAUUUUCCUUUGUUUUCAGACUCCAAUAAAGCAUAGCACUUCUAAGAACUUAAAAAUUUCAUAUCAUCUAUCAAAUGAUAUUUAUGUUAAUAGGAAAUAUCUUAAGUUACAUUGGGAGUAAUCUGAGGUGCAAUUAUUUUUAUCACUGCUUUGAAUAGAGGACUGUUAUCCUACUUUCUUCCAGAAACUAAGCAGUAAAUAUACAUUUUUAAUGAAGUAUGCAUUAGUGAGAGUAGGCUUGUUUCAAAACUAUUUCUAGCCAGUGUAUUUUCGUCUGCCUCAUCAAAACACAGUGCCACAUUGUAUCAUUCCAUAAAAUGUCAUUUUCAUUUCAGUUAUUGUCACCCAGGAAAAUAGAUAGUUUGUAGAUGAUUUCUGAGAUUUUCACUUCAAAGGACACUUACACAUUGGUAUGUGCAUAUCUCUGUAAUAAGGAUGAAUGAGAUUGAUAGACGUGUGGCUUCAUAUUUAAGAAUAAUUUUAUCUCACAUUGUCAUGAGGCUACGAUUUACCACUCUUCUGCCCAGUGCAUUGAAUUCGUGGUAGAGGGUAGUGACAUGUUCCAUUUGUAGAUCUUUACGAUUUAUCUUUGAUAGCUUCAGUAGAAUGUGGCUCUAUUUUGGUCCUUCCUAGCUUUCCGUUUUGGAUUUUAGUAGGGUACAGCUGAUUUGGUAGAGUCAAUUUAUUUUCUACACAGGAAGCUUUAUAAAAUUUUAUUCAUGAAUCCCCUAUUUUAAGAAUCUCUUCUGCAUAUGAGAAGAAUACUGUUGAAAUAAAGUAUUAUUUUCCCCCAGAUUAAAGCAUUAUAUGUUGAUCAAAGUGAUUCUGAAAGUUUAAAUUUUAAAUGUUAGAAUGUUAUGUUAUUGUUAAUUGUAUUCUGUUAUAUAUUCAGUAGGAAAUCCUGGUUCAUCAAUAAAAAUUAAAACUCCCGUC